AUGCCCUUCAUUAAAGGGGAGAGCAAUAUGCUCCACUUCGACCAAAAGCAAUUUGACUUCAACCUUCAAUUCGAGACUCUCUUUUUCUCGAUUAUUCCUUCCAUCCUAUUUAUUCCAUCAUCGCUAUGGCGAACUCUAGCAGGGAUACGCAGGCCCGUCGUGGUGAAUGCACCCGUCUUGCAGUUCAUCAAAAUAGGGGCCAUCGUAAUCUACGCUGGCUUAGAACUUGCUCUCCUCAUUCUCGCCGCAGUCGGCUCCUUUCACAUUAGCCGCAUGUUUAUCGCUUCUUCCGUUCUCCAGCUGCUAUCAGCCCUGUUUAUGCUGACAGUGAGUAUGGUGGACCACAGCCGCAGCCCUAGACCCUCCAUGCUGCUGAACAGCUACUUGUUUCUUACUCUACUCCUGGACAUUGCCCGAGCAAGAACUCUAUUCCUGUCGUCAGACUACAUUUCCGAGGUCGCAUAUAGCAAUUUAUUCUGUGCAUCGGUCGGGCUGAAGACCGCCAUCUUGGUGCUAGAGGCCUGCCAGAAGGCGAAAUGGGUGGUCUGGGAUGCAACGAAACACAGCCCCGAGGAGACGAGUGGGAUAUUCUCCCUAGGUGUUUUCUUCUGGCUGAACAAGCUCUUCUUGGUUGGGUAUAGACAUACCUUCACCAUCGAAAGCCUCUACCCUCUUGACAGUACCUUCGACGCACAAGCCCUGCAUGAGAAAUUCGCGAGAAAAAUGGACUAUACCAAGCUAAAGGGGGAUAAAUUCGGCCUUCUGAAGGUGCUAGUACGUACAUUGUGGGUGCAACUACUCCUUCCUAUUCCUCCGAGGGCGGCUUUGGUUGCGUUCUACAUCUGCCAACCUCUAUUCAUCGAAAGCCUCGUCACGUAUUUGUCUCAAUCGGAGCCCGGUCCAAAUGUGGGAUAUGGGCUUAUCGGCGCUGCCAUACUCAUCUAUUCCGGGAUUGCAUAUCUCACGUUUAAAGCCGCCACCAGAGCUCGGAUGGGAUCAGGUGAUGAUAACGCUGCGCUGACACUUAUGAGCACCGAUAUGGAACGCAUCCGAAUGGGGCUUCGCUUCGUGCACGAGACAUGGGCGAGCUUGAUUCAGGCUGGUCUCGCCGCCUGGCUGCUCUAUCGGAAACUUGGGGUCGUGUUCGUUGCUCCUGUAGGCGUGGUGGUAAUCUGCUUCGUUGGAUUAGGAAUUCUAAUCAAUUUCACUGGGGACUCACAGCGGUCUUGGAUGUCUGGGGUCCAGAAGCGAGUCGGGCUUACAGCCACCGUCAUUGCCAGCAUGAAAUCACUCAAGGUAUCCGGUCUUGCUGGCCCCGUGACGGAGUAUGUGCAGCAGCUGCGUGUCGAUGAACUCGCCGCUGGUGCCCGAUACCGCAGGAUCAUGAUCAUCGCCGCUGUCUUCGCAUUUAUGCCGCAGUUGAUCAGCCCUCCGUUAACCUUCGCGUUUGCCCAAAAGACGCUGAAUGCCUCGACCAUGUUCACCGGUCUUUCAUUCCUGACUUUGUUGACCCAGCCGCUGUCGCAGCUCUUCCAGUCCGUCCCAGAGCUGGUUUCAGGCUUGGCCUGCCUGGGUCGGAUUCAGGCAUUUUUGGAAUUGGAGCCUCGUCGGGACUAUCGGCAGCCCCUGGUAGAAGCCCAGAGUGGCGGCUUGGAGAAUAAUUCCAAUUAUAUCGUCAUCCGAGCCGCGAGCUUUGGAUGGAAAUCAGACAAGUUUGUCCUGAAUAAUAUCCAUACUCAAAUUCCCACAUCGUCCCUCACGAUGGUCGUUGGUCCAGUUGGCUCAGGAAAAUCCACAUUCUGCAAGGCCCUUCUAGGUGAGAUGCCCUUCAGCCAAGGUAGCAUCGCGAUGCAAACUUCCCCACGCCACGUCGGCUUCUGUGAACAAACUGCUUUUCUGUGGAACGGUACAAUCCGAGAGAACAUCGUCGGAUUUGCCCCUUUUGACCGCGAGCGGUAUGACCAAGUCAUUGAAGCCACUUCCCUGCGCUUCGACCUCGCUACCCUGCCCCAGGGGGACCAGACGAACAUCGGGUCGGAUGGUGUGGCAUUAUCGGGCGGGCAGAAACAGCGUCUGUCUCUUGCGCGAGCACUAUACCUACCAUCCAACCUUUUGGUCUUGGAUGAUGUAUUUAGUGGCCUGGACGCUGAUACUGAGGAAAAAGUCUUUCGACAGGUCUUUGGAUCAGAUGGUCUCCUGCGACAACGGGGAUCAACGGUGGUUCUGUGCACCCAUAGUGUUCGGCAUCUCCCAAGCGCGGACUACAUCAUCGUCCUCGGAAACGGCAGCGUUGAAGAGCAAGGCACCUUCAUUGAUUUGUCCACCCGUCCGGGUUAUGUUCGGCGUUUGAAGGUGGGACUAAAGCAAGAGGGCGAGGAUAAUAAUAUCGCUGACGAUGAGCCUGGUCCUGACCAGGCGGAGGCUGACAAGAAACUCCAACAUGAAAUCACUGUCAACAGCACGCAAUCAUCCACCCCAAUUACCCCAGUAGGUGACGCCACCGUCUAUAAGCUAUAUCUGAAAAGCAUGGGAUGGUUUGUGGCGGCUUGUAGUCUUUUCUUUGCGGCCCUGUGGGGUCUGUUCACCAAUUAUCCAACGAUCUGGCUCACAUACUGGAGUGACGCGACCGACUCCGUCCAUCCUGCGCACUCCCACUCCUACUAUGCGGGCAUCUAUGCCCUCCUGCAGGUCUGCGCCAUCCUCGCCCUCCUCCUCCUAGGGGUAACGCUCUUCAUUAUCUCGGUAAAGAAAGCCGGCGCCAAUCUCCACCAGCAAGCCUUGCGUACCCUGAUUCGUGCCCCGCUCGCCUUCUUCACUAAUACCGACACCGGAGUGGUCACGAAUCUCUUCUCUCAGGAUCUCAACCUCAUCGACACUGAACUCCCCGAGGCGACCCUCAACACCCUCUUUUGCGUAUUCCAGUCGAUUGGCCAAGCCGCCGUGAUGCUUACCUCGUCCGUCUACCUAGCCAUCAGCUACCCGAUCCUGGGCGCCUUGCUCUACUUCGUGCAGAAAUACUACCUCCGUACGUCGCGGCAGCUACGAUUGCUCGACCUGGAGGCCAAGAGCCCGCUGUACACACAUUUUCUUGACACUCUCAAAGGGAUUGCCACGCUGCGCGCCUUCGGAUUCGUUCCGGAGGACAUCCACAAGAACACCCGUCUAGUGGACUCCAGCCAGCGCGCGGCGUAUCUCCUUCUUAUGAUCCAGGAGUGGCUGAAUCUGGUGCUUAAUCUUGUUGUGAUGGUCAUCGCGGCGGUCCUGACCACGCUGGCCGUCCGGCUACAUUCCAACUCGGCCUUCGCCGGUGCAUCCAUGUACUCGCUCAUGACCUUCGGCGAGAGCCUAUCCGGGAUCGUGAUUUUUUACACCCGACUCGAAACCUCCAUCGGCGCGAUCGCACGACUGAAGACCUUCAACGAGACCGUCAAGCCAGAGGACCGUGACGGUCCCGGAGAGGAGGACAUCGUCCCAGACACAAACUGGCCGGAUCGCGGGCUGGUCGAGUUGCGCGGUGUAUCCGCCCAGUACAAAUCCACCACCCAUAGCGUGUCUGAAUCUGACUCUGAAUCCAACUCCAACUGCAUGGCAACAACGUCUGGUGCCACCACUACUGAGCCACAAACCUUAGCCUUGAGGAACAUCACUUUAACCAUCUCCCCAGGGGAAAAGGUCGCCAUUUGCGGCCGCACCGGCAGCGGCAAGUCCAGCCUCCUCGCUCUCCUGUUGAAAUUACUCGAUCCACUUUCCUCUCCUCCAAUCGACCAUGAGAGCAGCAGUCUCAAUGAUGACCAAGGUCGUCAGAGCGCUCCGGUCUUGAUCGACGAACUCCCACUGCACCGCAUCCACCGCGCGACUCUCCGCCAACGCCUCAUCGCCGUCCCCCAGGACCCCGUUUUCCUGCCCGACGGUUCCUCCUUCCUGGCGAAUCUCGACCCAACCAACACUGCAACCCCGGCGGAGUGUCAGCAAGUUCUAGAAGCGGUCCGGCUGUGGAAAUUCGUGCAAGAACGGGCAGAGGGGCUGCUCGCGCCGGUCACGGCGGGGACUUGGAGCGCUGGGCAGAGGCAGCUCUUCUCGCUGGGACGGGCAGUCCUCCGAGCUAAGAUUCGCCAGCGUGCACAGUCUUUAUCCUUUCCCAACGAUGCGGGAUCCAACAAUGCAGCGCAAGGGGGAGGAAUACUCCUCCUCGAUGAGGUAAGCUCCAGCGUGGACCGCGAGACCGAGCGAAUGAUGCAGGAGAUCAUUCGGGCAGAGUUUCGGGCGUACACCAUCAUCGCGGUCAGCCAUCGGCUCGAGAUGAUCAUGGACUUUGAUCGGGUAGUAGUGAUGGACCGCGGGGAGGUCGUUGAGGUAGGGAAUCCGGUAGCCCUAAAAGAGGCGUCUGGUACGAGAUUUGGGGAAUUGGUAGCCGCCGCUGGGGCGUAG